CUUUCAAUAACAUGUCAUUGUCAAGUAACAGUAGAGCACUUAAGCAAAUAUGGCAAUGAAUAACGUUGGUCUGAAAUGACGAUAUUGAAAAUUGGAUUAGAUAAACAGUGGUGAAAGGCGGGUGAGCCAGUUUGCCUCUCAUAGAUGACGGGCAAUUCUAAUGAUAAGGUGAACCCGGACUUUUGUCGAGUUUGCCGAUGUGAGGGGACUGCUUCGAAACCUCUAUUUCAUCCUUGUUUGUGCAUUGGGAGUAUUAAAUAUAUUCAUCAAGAUUGCCUCAUUCGUUGGCUUGAGUAUAGCAAAAGAAAUACUUGUGAAUUAUGUAAUCAUCGGUUUGCUUUCACUCGAAUUUAUGCAUCUGACACUCCACGAUUUCUGCCGCUCACCGUGUUGGCUGUGGGACUGGCCAACAGCUUGCGUCGAUUUGUACUAAACUGGAUUCACUUGUCGAUUGUCUUCACUGCAUGGUUGGUUGUAGUUCCUUUAUCUGCCUGUCGCAUGUACCGUUGUCUUUUUACUGGUAGCGUUUUCUCACUCCUCACACUUCCAUUAGACAUGGUUUCCACAAAACACUUAUUACAAGAUUGUGUUCAGGGUUUCAUUAUUGUAAUCUUUGCAUUGGCCGCAUUUUUGGGUUAUGUUUCAUUGCGAGAACAACUUCUCCAAGGAACACCAGCAUGGUUGGAACGUGAUGCUCAUGCAGAAGCUCGUGGUGCUGAUCCUCCCCAUCCUCCUCGUCCUGCCGCUGGGGUCAAUGGUAGGCGACCUCUAUUUCCGGAUAUUUUCAAUAUUUUUGGUGUUGCAAAUGGUGGUGGUUUAGGUGCUGCAGUUUUCGGUGAAGGCAACGAAGAUCCUAUUGAACCUGAAAUAUUUAACAAUGAUGAACAGCAUCAUCAGACUGUUCAACAAGAAUUAGUGAAUUCUGAACAUAUCACGUGUUCCUCUCUAAAUCAACAACAACCGGUGAUUAACAGUGGUAUCUCAGAACCGUUAGAGCCUUCACAUGAAUCGGUAGAUACUGUAAAUCGUGGAUCAUCAUCUAAUCCACAACAAUUGGCUUGGUAUAUGGAAAAUACAGGAGUUAAUUUGGAGGGGGAUAUUCCUGACGAAGAUGGUAGAGCCAAUAACGAUCCAGCAGAUGCAGAUGGUGCACCAGAAGCUAUGAAUUGGAAACAUUUAUUGGGUCUAGAUGGAUCUUUAAAUUUUCUGGAACACGUUUUGUGGCUUAUUGCUUUAAAUACUUUGUUUAUUGUCAUAUUUGCCUUUUGUCCAUAUCAUAUGGGUCAGUUUACUGUGUUGGGAUUCAAUUUGGAGCGUUUUAUUAAUGCAACUCACAUGGAAGGGUUUAGUACAAGUUUAAUUGGUUACAUUAUUUUCGCUUUUGCUUUGAUUCUUAUGCAUGAAGUAUUCGCUAUUCUCAAUAUGCCUCGAGCUUGUUAUUGGACUGGUCUUGGUUAUAUAUACAUCAAAGUUGCUUUGGUUUCUUUAAUGGAAUUGGGUAUUUUCCCCAUUUUGUCUGGACUUUGGAUAGAUGCUUGUGCUUUGUCUCUUUUCAAUGCGACGUUAACUCAACGAGCUAGUGUAUUUCAUUAUGCACCAGUUGCUUUUACCUUUAUUCAUUGGGCAAUUGGAAUGUUGUACAUAUUUUAUAUGGCGUCUUUGCUUGUACUGGGUCGAAGUGUACUACGUCCUGGUGUUCUACGCUUCAUAUAUCAUUUUAAUGAUCCUGAUUAUAAGCCUAUUCAAGAUAUGAUACUUCAACCAUUACCACUAUACAUACAACGUUUGAUUGCUACUUAUUCAGUUUGGGGUAUAUUAAUUGUACUUAUGCUAUGGUUACCUACAGAAGUUAUUCGGCAUUUCUUUCCUAAAUUCUUGCCAUUUCGUAUUAAUGCAGCUUAGUAAGUUUGGGAAAAAGCAGUAACUGUGCACAGUAAUUUACUCUAUUGUAUUGUGUAUGUGAUUAUAAAUAUUUUAGAAAAAAAUCGAAACUCUGGUCUUUAUAUUCCAAUUGUUUUUAAAGUGGAACAGUGGUGUUUAGUGGUUAAAGAGUUCACGUUUCAACCAUCGGUUGUAAGUUCGUGCCCUUUCUAAUUUCAUUUCCUUUUGGUAGCCUUUUUACUAGUUAAUAUACAGAACAGGUCGCAAACUUGAGUCUCACUCAACGUACUUCGCUUUACUCAGUUGGAUAUCAUCACUGGCUCACAGAGAAAUACACAAAUCCGUACAUCAUAGAUGAUUUAUUUCAUUAACACUUCCACCAGAGACAUAAUUGCUGACCCUCAGGGAUUUUCAGCGAUCGUUUAGUCUUCAGAUCAAUGAGUUGGCAUCCAAAGGUUUAUAUUUCUAAUUCUGAUUGUAUUGCAAUAUUGCACAGAUAUCUUCCAGUACUAUUAAUGGGCACCUGCCUCACACUUAAAUCAGUUAAGCUCCAUUAUCCAUAGCUUUUCAGUAGAACUUGGAGAUUACCUCUGAAAAUUUGUCAUGACAUGACUGUUUUUGUGUAAGAAUUCUGUUGAACUUCAUAGUUUACAUCGUGGGCCCACCUUAGUCAACCAUUGAAAACCAGAAGACACUAGAAGGCUUUUCCAUCCUAUUAUGGGACUGCCCAGUAGUCCUUAUCUACCACCUCACUGAGGAUCUGGCUCAACACCUUCAGUUCUCACACGAGCGCCUAACCUUUAGGUAGAUCGACCAGAGUUAAAUAUGUGAACUAUAGACUGUUCUCCGCAAUGGUCCUGAAUUUAGGCAGUCUCUGCAUUAUCUGGAGUUCCUAUGUGUCCGAUCUACUGUGGAGUCGCAGAUGGAUGCUGCUGAGUAGUUCAAAGCUAAAACAGCAACUGUCCAAGUGUAGUGGACGCUACUCACUUGUAGGUAGUAUGUAGUAGUCAUCAAGCGGAGUGAAGAGUUUCUGUACAUCGAAAGCUCAACGUAGGCACAACACUUGAUGACCAAACGAGAUAGUUUGGAUUUCAGAACACAGCAAGAUUCUAAUUGAUGAUCAAAGACUAUGUAUAUGAAUUAUGUAAACACUUUUUAAUUUCCAAUGGUCAAUUCUUUUCCCCUUUGUCCUGUUCCACACCAGUACUUCCUGGUUCAGAAUGGUUGUCUUACCAAAAUCAUUUCGUGAUGUAAAUAUUUCCCAUCAAAGCCUUACGGUAAGAAAUUAUCUGAGAAUGCCUAAUAAAGAAAUUGAAAGAUUCAUAUAAACCUGUAAAACAAAAAUUUGCUUUUUUUUGAAGAGCUUUAAUACCUUAAAUAUUUUAUAAGUAUCAAGAUUAAAAAAUAACUAGUGAGUGCAUAAAAAAGACACAUUAAGUAACAUAUAGUUUACCUCUGAAAUUUGGGUAUAGUUGAAUUAUACAUAGCUUAUUGAAAAUAAAUAUUGUCAUAUUUCGGUUAUUAAAUGAGUUCUCUGAAUUUUGAAGUUUACCAAACGUAGGUCACCUAACAAAACAGUUGAAUUUACUUAUAAGAAAUGUUUAAUUUUUUUCAAAUUUUACCUGUAAUGGUUUAGAUUACCCGAUUGUUCGAUGCUGGAGUCAACACCAACCCUAGGAUGCAGGUACAUCCAGCUUACAAGUCUUAAAUAGGAAAAAAGGCACAUCCUGAAUUUCACUGCUAGCUGCAUUCCAUUUAUUCUUUGUUAGGCUGAUUCAUUAUUAUUAUUACAUUUUUAUCUUUUUGGUAUAUUCAUGUUUUUCUUUGUAUGCUUUUAUUCAAGUGACAGUCCAUUGGAUUAUUCAUUGGAAAUGAUACUAUUACAAGUUGUUCUACCAUUCUUAUUGGAUAAUCACGCUAAAACAACUCUUCGUCAGAUUUUACGUUGGUGGUGUAUAUGUGUAUCAUGGUUGCUUGGUUUACGUAGUUACUUGCUCGGUGAUAUUCCAUUUUCACCAGGGGAUUUUAUUGUUACUGAAAAUGGAACUGAAGUACCAUACAAACGACGUCGAGAUUCUCAUAAUCAAACAUCUAAUUUAAAUAGUCAUUCGGGAUUCAUGUCUGUAGAAUCGUCUCAACGGACAUUGACUAAUGAACCAGACGAUAUUUCGACAGAUUUGUAUGCUCCAAACUUAUCAUCGCCGUCAUCAUCUUAUGGACAGAUUACUUCAACAAAUAAUCGAUUUCGUGAACAAUCCCAACCUGAAAAUAAUGAACAAGAUAACGUUAAUCAUGCAAAUGCUGAUUAUGAUAACGAUGAUGAUACAGAUUUUACUCGUUAUGUUCCAUAUAAACGAGGCAAUUUCUUCAAAUUACGAAUUACUGGCUUAAUCCUAAUAUUAAUUACUAGUUUGAUAUCUUUAAGUUUAACUGUACUAAUUGUACCAGUUGGUAUUGGACGUUUAUUAUUGUUGAAUUUAAGCGGAACUGGUUCUACAUCAAAGCAUGAUGCUAUCGCUUUAGUUGGUGGAUUCACUGUUCUGGGAAUAAUUCUCCGUCUAGCUCCUUGCAUACCACAUCUUUUCAAUGGAAUUUAUCGAAUUAUUAUGUUGAUUGGUCAAAGUGGUAGUUUAAUUAGCUGGUCUAGACCAUUACGUGUAUUUAGAAUUUGGACUCGUUUAGGUACAACAUGUGAAAUUACAAUACGACGACCAGCAUUACCAAUGGCUCCUAUGAUUGAUUUGAAUCGACAUUAUGGAUUUCAAUCUACUGUGGAUAUGAAUAUUGGGAUAUAUCUACAAAAUUAUCUACGAUUAUUAAUAAAUUGGUUACGUCUAUUUUGUAUUGCUGUAAUAUGUCUGGGCAUUCUCCCAACAGCUUUAGGAUUAUUAAUCAACUUCAUUUUCAUUGUACCCUUCCGUAUUGGACCCAAAAAAACCAUUAUUAUUGGGUUUUGGGAGCAUUGGAUAUUUGGUAUUAUGCAUUUAAAAGUGGUUAUCUUACUUACUCUUCUUGGACCGCCAUGGUGGUUACGAAAUCGUUUAGAAUUAUUUCAUGAUGAAAUGACACAUCAUCGACAAGAUGCUCGUUGUAUGCGUUUACUUUGGGCAAUCGCACCAUUGCUUGUAACUAUUGGAUUAUCGUUAAGUGUACCAUAUUUAUUGGCUUAUUAUAUUAGUCCAUUAAUCGCAGCAGUUCGUAUAGUAGUUUAGUCCUUGUUUGAACGCAACAGUUCCCAUAUUGUUUGCUCUUGGUUCUGUUUUUGCUUUUUGGUACCCUGUUAUCAAGAUUAGACAAAGCUAUUAACUGUCAUUUGCAGUAUCGCAUGUUAUGGUGAUUCUUUACGUUAUUAUUACAGAAAGCCUUUUCUAUUUCAGACUUACAGACGUGUAAGGCGCUAAAGAUCCCUCACAAGUUGACGUUUGUGGCUAAUUUAUGUAUAUUAUUCAAUAAAGAAUCGAUUUUUAGACAAAUCGCUGUUUUGUGCGUAUCUCAAAUGUGUGAUUUAGACGCUUCGAUAGAUUUAACAGAUAGAAUAUGCCUAGCAUUAUAACCCAAGACAUUCGUCUCGUUUUACUUGAGGCACGUCAUCUGAAUCGACCUGCACCCCAGAGGUGAUGUUCACUCCCGUACUUAAACCCAGUAUCUAUUCAAUAUACUCUGCAACAAAAUGUGUCGAAUCGUAAAUCAUUGUUCUCUGUGGAGGUACGUGUUGUCGAUCAUUGUGAACUAAAUAGCUGUUAGGAAGCAAAUCUUUGACAAACUUGAGUAAAUCCACAUAUUUUCAUUUAUCGGUUGUACUGUUACUGAUAGGAAAACAUAUAGCUUAAAGCGAAAUAUUGAGAAUACAAGCUAUAUUUUGAUUAAUUUUUCUUUAGCAUUGUUAGCUAGGUAACCGUGUUUCUACGGCUUCUGAUUAUCGACUUGAA